GGCGGUGCUUAAAUGCACGGCUACUUUUUUGUGGAAAGAGUAAGAAUGGAUGUUUAAAAGAAGUUGAGGGGUUGUUGCAGAUCAUGUGCCAAGACUAAUCCUAAGCCUAUAUAAUUCUCUCCAUACAGCACACAAGUUAUUGUGUAAAGAGAGUAAGAAUGGAAGUUGUGGGAGAAGUAGAAGGGUUGUUAAAGGUCUAUGCAGAUGGCUCUCUGCAGCGCCAUGAACGUCCCACAGUGCCUGCAUCUUCACAUUUCAAAGACGGCGUUGCAUGCAAGGACGUCGUUAUAAAUCCGGAAACGGGCGUCUGGGCUCGCAUAUUCAAUCCGGAAACCGCUGCUGAAAAACCGCCUUUGCUGAUCUACUUCCAUGGAGGAGGGUUCUUAGCUUGUUCCACAGCCUGGGUAGAAUACCACACUUUUUUUCACAAUUUGUGCAAGAACUCCGGCGUAAUAAUUGUGUCGGUAGAUUACAGGCUGGCGCCGGAGCACCGGCUCCCGGCGGCGUACGAUGACUGUGCGGAGGCCGUCGAAUGGAUCGCAAAGCAGGCUGCGGGGCGCGCAGAGUCGCCGGAGGAGUGGUUGUCGCCGUCCGUCGUGGAUUUUUCCCGGUGUUUUUUGGCCGGAGAGAGUGCUGGAGGGAAUAUCGUUUACCACAUGGGACUGCGGAUUGCUGAGGUGGACGUGAGCCCGUUGGUGGUGAAGGGAUUGAUUGCUAUUCACCCCUUCUUUGGGGGUGAGGAAAUGAUGGAGUCUGAGAAAAGAGCAGAGGGGUUAAAGUUUGCAGAGACGUGCAAUUUCAUCUGGAGUAUAGUUCUCCCGGUGGGGUCCAGCAGAGACCACCCAUUCUGUAAUCCGGCCGUUUUGCCCCUGAAGCCUGGUUUGAAAUUACCGCCGGUUUUGGUGUCCCUUGCAGGAAAGGAUCAACUUAAAGUGAGAGGGGAGAUGUUUUAUGAAGAUCUCAAGAAAAGCGGGAAGGAGGCGGAAUUGAUGGUGGAGGAAAGUGGGAUCCAUGCUUAUCACAUUAUCCUUCCGCAGUAUGAAGGAACUCUGCGUCUGAUACACGCUAUUUCUGACUUCAUUAAUGGCCGUUAAAAUCACUUUCCACGAUGUUAUAUUUUGUGGAGCUGCGUCAAAUUAAUUGCACUGUAGUACAGUUGUUUCACCCACUGCAAUUUCUCUUCUAGCCGCACUGUUAUCUUGUUCUGGCUAAUAAUAAUUGUUCGAUCAA